CAUAUGUUAUAUCACCGGAGACCUCUCAAGAAAUUAUGCCGGAAACAAGACAGAGAAAGAUAAAAGAGAAAAAGGCUCAGGCUGAAGAAAUUCGGAGUAAUGGAACUGAUGGUGAUAAAGAAACAUCCAAGAAAAUUCAUAAGUCUCGUAUUACCAGACUAAAGGAUCAUCAGUCAAAGGCCGGAACUCGAUACAUCUUGACUGCAUGUAAAUUUCUUGUUGCUGUCAUGGUUAUCCCCCCUUUCCUCAACUAUGCUGCUCUUCAGAGGGAGGCCAGUCUUCUCCAGCCAGAAGGUGAAAUGUAUGAUAUUGGUUGGGGUCAGAGGUUAUUCCUAUCUUGUAAAGGAAAGGGAGCUCCUACAGUCGUUCUUGAUGCACCAACAGGGAUGAACUCUGAUGUUUGGUCACUUGUUGUGGACAAAGUAGCUAAAUAUACCAGAGUAUGUACUUAUGACAGAGCUGGUCUAGGAUUCAGUGACAGGCCUUACCAGAACACAACAGAGGUUGAUGGCACUGACAGUAACAUGAACUACAGAAACAAAUGGUUUCCAUUUACCGCAGAAAGGAUGGUUGAAGAUUUACAUCAGUUGAUUUCUAGAAGCAGUGACCAGCCGAAACCUUUCUUGUUGGUUGGAGCAGAACUUGGUGCUCUUGUUGCGCAGUUUUAUGCUCACAUGUUCGAAAGUGAAGUAAUGGGACUGAUUUUGAUCAACCCGCUCUCUGAGGAUCUGUUCCAACAAGAUAAAGGAAUUUGGCUACACAACUGGUUUGGUCACAUGGCACCAUCAUUUCAAACAAUACAGUUAGGAGCAGCCCUGGGAAUAACUAGACUGUCCAUCAUGUUAGGAUACCUUCAACAUCCGAUGUACAUGGCAGCUGAAAUAUCAGAACAAACUGUUCAAAGACAGAAAUAUUUGAUGUGUUAUCCUAGACAUUUGAGUUCUGUUGUUGAUGAACACUAUUUUGUGAACGAGACAUUUUCACAAUUUAGAACAGCAAAGAUGAUAAGAAAGAUAGCAGAAAAUAUAACAGUGACUGUUAUAACAGGAAAUUAUUAUGAUGAACAGAUGCCAGGACCUUUAAAUAAGGCAUGGGCUAAAUCAGAACAGAAUUUAAUUUCAAAAACAUAUCCUCAUAGUCAGCAUCUAGUUGUGAAUGGUGGGGAUAGACAUUUAUUGUACCAGAAACCAGACGCUAUUGUAGAACCCAUCAGAAAGGCAGUUAAAUUAUGGAGAUCUAAAAAUAGUAACGAAAAAAUGAAUGUUAAAGCUAGCUGAGACUGUGAUAAAAGCUUAAGGUUUUUACGGUGAUGGAAUACGUAAUUAUAAUGAAAAUAAAAAAAGAAAACUGUUGUGUGCAGACUAGGCCUAUCCAUGGCGAAGUUACCUUGAAAUUAACUGGAAUUGGACGAAAUUGUACAUAUGUGUCCACAGAAUUAGCCAGGUUUGAAGUGCAAUACCAAUCGGACAAUGUGUGACGGCAGAAUAUGCUUGUGGUGAAGUGCAAUACCGUACUACAGCACCUUUCUCAUCCCGUGGACUGCCAGGAAAUCUUUGUCUGGAUAACUCAAGUAGUUUUCAUUGAAACUGGCUUGAACUUUGAAAAUGUGUGUUAUGUGCAAUAUGAAUGGUCUAUCCAGAUAACUUCAUUUUAAUACAAUUUACAGGGGACUUAGCACAGACUUGCAGACAAGUAUAAGUAAUGAAGUGAACUAGGGUCAUGCAAGCAUACAUAGUUUAGGAGUUAUGGCCCUUUUGAAAUUUUACAAAAUGCUGCAUAUUAUACAUUAAGAAGAAAAGUUUUGCCUAGAAAUUUGUCCAAUAGACAAAAGGAUGCUACAUAAAUCGUUCUGAUGAUAAGAUUGUAUUUUCAAACUGACUGUGUUCAAGUAACUAUUAGUAUUGCUCAUUACCUUAUUGGAGGUUAAUGAAACACUUAGAGUUGCAAAAAGUUGGGCAUUAUUGCUCAUUACUUGGUUGAAGGUUAAUGAAAUAGUUGCAAAAAGUUGGGCAUUAUUGCUCAUUACUGAGUUGAAGGUUAAUGAAAGAGUUGCAAAAAGUUGGGCAUUAUUGCUCAUUACUGAGUUGAAGGUUAAUGAAAGAGUUGCAAAAAGUCGAGCAUUAUUGUUCAUUACUGAGUUGAAGGUUAAUAGAAGACUUUGAGUUGCGAGAUGGGCAUUAUUGUUCAUUACUGAGUUGAAGGUUAAUGAAAGAGUUGCAAAAAGUUGAGCAUUAUUGCUCAUUACUUGGUUGAAGGUUAAUGAAAGAGUUGCAAAAAGUCGAGCAUUAUUGCUCAUUACUUGGUUGAAGGUUAAUGAAAGAGUUACAAAAAGUCGAGUAUUAUUGUUCAUUACUGAGUUGAAGGUUAAUGAACAGUCAGGGGUGUAACUGUUUUAAGUUAUGUAACCUAUUUCAGUUACUUUUUCAAGCCUUCUAUGACCUGUAUUAGUUAUAAAAUAUAGUUGAGGUAUGUUAUUCAAAAAAAGUAUUUUUGCUGUUCUCACAAAGUGACCUUUUAGGUGAAAUUAGUAGCGAACUGUGGUUCAUCAAAUUUGCUUUUAGUCUGAUCACGAUCUGAUAAGCAUAAUGGGAUGUUAAGAGUUUUAUAGCUUUAAAACUUUGGCGUAAAACCUUGUCAGCCUUGCAUAAAAAAAUUUACUGCAUAGCUGGAAAGAUAAAAGUUCAAGGAUUCAGGAAAUAAUUGCAUUAGUCUCAUUCAAAAUGAGGAAUUGGCACAGGAGGGCUUUGUAAUAUUUUAUGAUAACUGAAACAAGUUAUGAAAGUAUAAGCAAUAACUCAAAUGGGUUAUAAACUGUGAUAACUUGAAACAGUUACACCCCUGACUGAUGAAAGAGUUGCAAAAAGUCGAGCAUUAUUGUUCAUUACUUGGUUGAAGGUUAAUAGAAGACUUGAGUUGCAAGUUGGGCAUUAUUGCUCAUUACCGAGUUGAAGGUUAAUGAAAGAGUUGCAAAACGUCGAUCAGUAUUGCUAAUUACUUGGUUGGAGGUUAAUGAAAGAGUUGCAAAAAGUCAUGUCAUUAUUGCUCAUUACUUGGUUGGAGGUUAAUGAAAGAGUUGCAAAAAGUCUGGCAUUAUCCAUUUAAGUGUUAUUAUCAAUUAUCUAUGUACACUUGUUAAUUUUUACCUACCAUUAUGCUUUUUAAAAAUGCUUACAGAGGUCAUGUAAAUUUUAGCUUUAUCUUUAAGGUUUUAUUUUAAAUUUAUGUAGCUUUGUUUGAGGCUGCCACGUUAUAAACAAUCCAGUCUAAUGAUGCAGUAUUGCCAUUGGUUGGUUUAGAAAUUGUUCAAAGAAACCAGUAAUUCUUUAGGUUUGCUAACUGGUGUCAAACUCUGUUUUUAAUGCAUUUCUGUAACUACAAUGGCAGCUGUUUUAUAGAUAUUAAUAAAAUGUAAAAAGACA